UUUCCUUUAAGAAGAUGGCGGCGAGUCAGGGAGGAGCGGCAGCUGCGGCUGUCCUGCAGGGCCAUCACUAUCCAGCCGGACCACACUGGAGCUCGAACGGUGCGCCGCCUCCACCCCAACCACCGCACACCGCGCGCAGCCUGGACCGCGCUCUCGAUGACGCCGCUUGCUCCGGAGUGCUGAACAUCAGCGGGAGGAAACUGCGCGAUUACCCGGGACUCAGCUACGAUCUCACGGACACCACGCAUGCAGAUUUAUCCAAGAACCGUUUUGGAGAGAUUCCUCCUGAAGUGUGUAUGUUUGCUCCAUUGGAGUCUCUCAAUCUCUACCACAACUGCAUAAAGAUGAUUCCAGAAGCCAUUGUUAACUUACAGAUGCUUACAUACCUCAAUAUCAGUCGGAAUCAACUGUCUGUGCUGCCCAAGUUUCUGUUCAGUCUGCCACUCCGAGUCCUGGUGGUCAGCAACAACAAACUGCUGUCCAUUCCGGACGAUAUUGGCAAAGCCAAAGACCUCAUGGAACUGGACAUUAGCUGUAAUGAAAUUCAGGUGCUUCCUACUCAGAUGGGGAAACUCCAUGCCUUACAAGAACUGAACAUCAGAAGAAACUGCAUACAAGUCCUUCCUGAUGAGCUGUCUGAUCUGCCAUUGAUCAGGUUGGAUUUCUCCUGUAAUAAGAUCACAGAAAUCCCUCCAUCUUACCGUAAACUGUGUCAGAUCCAGCAUAUCAUCCUGGAUAACAACCCCAUGCAAUCCCCUCCUGCACAGAUCUGUCUGAAGGGAAAGAUUCAUAUCUUUAAGUAUUUAAACAUGCAAGCGUGUCGUCUGGAGAAGAAACCCGACUCGCUGGAUCUGCCCUUACCUGGCAAACGGUGUUUAGCACAGCAGUUAACAGACAGCAUAGAGGAUUUUUACCCUAGUAAGAACCACGGGCCUGAUUCAGGUAUUGGCAGUGACAACGGUGAUAAGAGACUAUCUACUACAGAGCCCUCGGAUGACGACACGAUCAGUCUACACUCUCAGGUGUCAGAGACCGCGCGGGCUGAAGCCCACUCUUUGCUCUGCAAACUGGACUCAAAUCGAGAUCAGGACCUGUAUGACUUUGACCCAAACCCAGAUGACGAUAUUGCUCUCUGUGAGGCCGACAUGCAGCAGAACACACCCUACAUCACCUGUAUAAAGGAGCUGGAGAGGGUUCUUAAGACACACCAAAGUAAAGACAAGGAGAACUGGAAGGAAGAGUCUGGUUCAGAGAAAGAGCAGCUCGCUGAGGAAGAAGAAGAUGAUGAGCUGAAGGAAGUUUUGGAUCUUAGAAAAAUUGCAGUGCAAUUGUUGCAACAAGAGCAACAGAACAGGAGGCGCUCGUUAAUUUGUAGAGCAGAAAGCCUGAUCCACCGAAGGAGGGCUGCAGGGAGAACACACAGAUUUCUCAGUCAUUCAGGAGGAAGCAGCAAACAAAGAUCUCCAUCGCAAACUGUUAGGAGUGCAUCGCUGGAUGAGGGAAGCAGUACAUCUUCAGCCAUGUGUGGACAGGACGGCGACCUCACAGAUGAAGAUGCAACUUUCUCUGAGCCAUCUUUAUCCUGCUCAUUCGAUGGGAGUUUGAAGUCUGAGAACGGCGACAGUGAACCCAAAUGGCCAGAGCUUCCUCCAAUUUUAAACCAGAACGAAGAACGGAGACGAAACAAAUACCUGAGGAAGGACUACCUCAAGUACAAGUGCCAAAGUGCGCGAAGAAACUCCGCUGAGAAUGACUGUGAGGAGGGAAUGCAUUCCGCAGACUUCAGCACAACGUUGACUGUUUUUGGCUUGAAGCCAAGAUCAGCGUUUACCCGCAAUAGCCGUCAGGAGUUUGCCUCGACAGACCCCAGUUUCACAAUGAGGAGAAAAAUGGAGCAUCUCAGAGAGGAAAUGGAGCAGAUAAGGCUCUUGCGACAGAACCUGGAGUCAAGAUUGAAGGUUUUGCUGCCUGAUGAUGUGGGUGCUGCUUUAAUGGACGGUGUUGUGUUGUGCCAUCUGGCCAAUCACAUUCGACCUCGGUCUGUGGCCAGCAUUCACGUUCCUUCACCAGCAGUACCAAAGUUGAGCAUGGCAAAAUGUCGGCGGAAUGUUGAGAAUUUUCUGGACGCUUGCAAGAAGCUUGGAGUGCCACAGGACAAGUUAUGUCUGCCUCAUCACAUUCUGGAGGAACGAGGUUUGGUGAAAGUCGGCGUUACUGUUCAAGCCUUGCUGGAUUUGUCAUCAUCCAAACCGACUCAGACAUCCACCAUGUAGCACUGAAACUGGGAAAAAGCUCAGGCAAAACUAGCAUUUUCCAUCCUGCCUUAUGUUCGCCUGAGCACUCUGCUAUAUGCACUACUUUAGCCUCUGAACUUUAACUACAAGAAUGCUUUCUCUGAGCAGACUUAACAACCCUUGCUAGAAGCCACAAAAGAAAGUUCUGGAACCUUCUAACCUUAGUUUAUUAACCCACAAGCUACUAAGAGACAGGUAACAGGAUACGAGAGAGGGAUGGAGAAGAAAUGGAAAUAGACAGAUAAUAUUAUCCAAUUAGGUAGAGCACUACCUCAAGUAGGAUAGCGCAUUUUUUCCUGACUGUCUCUGGUUCCAUAAAAGGUUUCACAAAAUGGUACAUAAAUCAGCAUGUGUUCGGGGCUGCUAAAUGCUUAUCUGCCAAUACCACUUGCCAAAUGCUGUGUUCCACAGGCAGCGUACUAUUUUAACAGUAGACUGGUAGCGAAUUUUAGAUUGACCUAUGGGAAAAGUGGCUGUACCAUUAUUUAUUAGAAAAAUGUUAUCAUCACUUCCUCAUGUGUCACUUCCAACAAAUGACAAACUUUUUUUUUUUUUUUUUUUAUUUAGCCACUCUCAUAAAGGUGAAUGGAAGCUUUACUUCUCCCUCCUACCUCUUACUAUCUGUAUUCCUCUAUUUCAUAAUUGUUCAUCCAUUCUCUGCUAGGCCAGGGAGCUUGCAUAAAUAAGUCCGGGAAGAAUUUUUGAUUGGCUGAUAAGGAGCAGGCUAUUUCACACAGAACAGAAUGUCCUCUUCCUGCAUGAAGCCAAUAAUUUGGAGAAAUACUAUCUUCAUGUGUUUGGAGGAAUUUUUUUGUACACAUUUAAAGAACACGGAUUUUAAGCAGUGGACAAGAGAAGAGACAGUCAACGAUUAGUUUAUUUCACCGAAUGCACACUUUAACUGAAGAAAAAGUGUGGAAUGUACAGAAGAAUCUGCUGAUGGAGUGACAUACACUCAAAAAAAGGAUAAACCGGAUCUAUAUAUUUUUGUUUUGUUUUAAAUGGAAAAAUGAUAUGAACUGCUUAGAAGGAACCAGGGGACUAUUAUGAUGUCACUGACUUUUAGGUUAAAUACAUCCAUACUAGUUUUUAUUUUAGUCCAGUUUUCAUUUUUGAUGAUUUGUAGGUGUUAAGCAUAAUAAUACAUGCUCACACAGCAUUGGAACCAUCAACAUUACAAUUCUUAGAGUACGUAAAUCAAACAGCCCAAUUUAUUGCAUCUUGCCUGAUUGUGAGCUACAGUAGGCUAGUUUAAGGAAAGACAUUUGAAUCCAGUCAUGAUUAGGUCGUACCUUUCUAGGCAAUUCCUAUUUCUCAUAACUUUAUCACUUUAAAUUCACCAUCUUUAUAAACACUUUUUUCUUUUUCUUGGAUCAUCAAGCUUCUGUCCUGUACUGUAAACAUAAAGUAGUUUUAGACCAGUGAUGUGACUAACAUCAAAUCCUGACUACUACAGUAACUGUAACAGAGUCCAAAUUAUUUAUGUAUUUAUUGUAUAUUUAUUCAUGUUUUUUUCUACAACUCUUUUUUUUUUCAUUCUGUUUUUUUUUUUAUUUCAUUGUAAUACUCAGGUGGGAAGUGAGGUGGGAUUCAUCUUAAUUACAUACUUGCAUACUCACAGUCAAUUGAUCAUGAAAUAAUCUGAUCAUGAAAUAAUUUUAUGCUAACAUGGCUUGUUGUAAUGACGUCAUAUUCUUUGUGGCCUUUAUAAAAUCAGCAGCCUUUCCAUAUACAAAAUACACGUAAAUGUGUGAUCACUGUUCAUCAUUUUAUGACAGAAAAAUCUGUAUAAUCCGUAUUAAUUCAGUAUAAACUGAAAUAAAAAAAAAUGUAAGUCACUCUGGAUAAGAGUGUCUGUUAAAUAAUGUAAUGUAAAUUAAUAGGAACAGGAACAGCCUGCAGCAAACAAAAAAACCCAACAUAGAGUCACCAUACAAAUAUUAACGGAGACCCUUUUUAUAGUUUAGUAUAGAUAGUUUCUAUCUGCCAGUUCUUUAUAUGGAGUUUACUACCUUCGUGCUUAUGGUGUUACCCAUGUUCAAUUGCUUAUAUAUUUAACAGUAAGGUCUCUACACUGAUUCUAUGCAUUUUUUACUUUCUGUGUCCAAGCCAUAACACGCACAACACCUUAUUGUCCCAUGCUCAUGUCAUGUCAUAACACCUAAAUGUAUAUAUUGUUUAUUUACUAUUAUUAUUGUUACUAUCUUGUUUACUUCCUUUGUGUAAACUAUAGUAUGCAAAACAACUUCCUGGCCAAUGUCCAGUCAACAUAAACAUACAACGGAAGUUACGGCUUAUUGCUCAUGCAGAUUUUAAAACCGGUUCUAUACAUUCAUACAAGCCAUGGCAUGCAUAACACUUUACAGGCAUUUUUUUAAUUCACUGGUCUGUUCAAGUUAUAUUUGUCUCUUGAGCUACCGUUGUUACAGGACUGACUCAUAUAAUCUUACACCUUUAUAACAGGCUGUGUUCAAAUACCUUUUACUGGCCCUUAGCCAAAAUACCUUCAUGCUGAUUGCGUGCGCUUACUGUAUGUCUCAAUGAAAUAUCUGAAAGUCUCAUCUGUUUUUCAUUCUUGUGCCCUUGUUUUCCACUUACAAAAACAACAUUUAAGACAGAAGGGGAGAUAUUUGUUAAGGAGUACCAGUUGAUGGAUGUUCCAAAACCGCUGAUUAUUCCAUAAUACUCUCAGAAAAGCAUAUUGUGAGAUCAUUUUAUUAUGACUAGCAAGUGUUUUUCCAGCAACAACUCGUUUCAAAUAAUUCUGGGUGGUCAUAAAAAAGUCUUGUUUUUCUCUCUUCGAUCUUUAUAACAGCGUUGCUUUGUUAAUCUGUAAAGAGCAAUUUAAUUUGUACAUAACAUGUGUAAUGCAAAACUGAAUUGUUAUUAUGAUGUUGGUUCAUUAUGCAAUUGCAAUAAUGCAGUUUUGUGUCAGUAAGGAUAUAUUUGCCCCAAGCUAUAGACUGCCAUUUUUUCUUCUUCACUUCACUAACAUUCCCUAUACAAUUCCACUAUGGCUUAAAGCAUCAUUUGUCUUUUUUAACCUGCUGUUCUGUUAACUUCUUUUCUUAGAAAAGAGUCAACUGUACAGUAGCUCACCCUCUGUUUUAGCAUGAGAGUCAUAACUCGCAUCACAUUAAGAUAACAGAGAUAUGGUUUGGAGAUAAAGCAUGUGCUGUGUGUACCGGCUUUUUAAUGUCCUUGCAACUCUGUAAUAUUCUGUAAAAAGUGGGGGUCAAUGUGCACACGUUUUUGUCAGGACAGUACAGUAUGAUUUCUACAAAGAUGUGUGUGUAGAUAGAUGUUUUGUAUGACUUUGUUUGCAUGCCUGGAUCCUCUGUGAUCAACUUUCCAUUCCUGUAUAAACUCUGUAUAAAAAGUAUUAGAACAUUUCUUAAGGAAACAAUGAAAUAAAUGAACAGCUUCAAAGGUCACAAGAAGAAAAAAAGUUCAAAUAAAAAGACCUUUUCCAAUUA